CGACUGACAAAAUCAUUCAAAAGUGCAACGCCAUUUUGAAAUCGCCUGAACAAUGCGAGUGGUCGCUCCUCGAGCAUUCCUGCUUCAGUCGCAUGCUCCCAGAGGACUGCCUUUCCAAUUGGUUCGAAGGAACAACCCAAUACGCAAUUGUAGAACCUUCGCAUCCGUGGCGAAUGAUUCCAGCUCAUCUUACGAUGUCGUCGUAAUAGGCGGCGGGCAUGCGGGUUGCGAAGCCAGCGCAGCAGCAGCCCGCUCAGGAGCCCGAACCGCGCUCGUCACGCCCAAGCUCGACAAUCUCGGGGUCUGCUCGUGUAACCCGAGCUUUGGCGGUAUAGGAAAGGGUACGAUGCUACGAGAGAUCGAUGCUCUGGACGGUGUGGUGGGCAGAAUCGUGGACAAGGCUGGCGUGCAAUUUCGUGUGCUUAACCGCAGGAAGGGUCCUGCAGUCUGGGGACCGAGGGCACAGAUAGACCGCUCGCUCUACAAACAGUACAUGAAAGAGGAGAUGACAAACUACAAGAACCUGACCAUCGUGGAAGGGAGCGUGGCUGACAUCAUCGUCGAGAACGACGGCUCGCUUGAGCCUGGAGUACACGGCAGGAUCACUGGCGUACGCUUGGAAGGAGGGCACGUUAUACCUACGAAAAAUGCCGUCAUUACCACAGGCACGUUUCUGGGCGGCGAGAUUCACAUAGGUCUUGAGGCAUACCCCUCGGGACGAAUGGGUGAGGCGGCGACGUUGGGUUUGAGCAAGUCCCUCCGAGAAGCCGGGUUCAAGCUUGGUAGGCUCAAGACGGGUACGCCACCACGGCUGGACAAGAAGACGAUCGAUUUCAGCGCGUUGCAGCCGCAGGAGGGCGACAAGCCUCCCAUGCCCUUCAGCUUUCUCAAUGAGCGCGUUCAAGUGGAGAACCAACUUCUGUGCCAUGCUACCUACACCAACCAGGCUACCCACGACAUAAUCCGAGCCAAUCUAGGAAACAGCAUUCACAUCCGCGAGACUGUCAAAGGCCCCCGAUACUGUCCCUCCCUGGAAUCCAAGAUCAUAAAGUUCCCUUCCAAGCCGUCUCACAUCAUCUGGCUAGAGCCUGAAGGGUUCGACAGCGAGGUCAUAUAUCCAAACGGCAUAUCCAUGACUGUCCCAGUUGAGGCACAGGAAGCGAUGCUUAAAACGAUCGUCGGCCUAGAAAACGUUAAAAUGCUGCAGCCUGGCUAUGGAGUCGAGUACGACUACGUCGACCCUCGCAGUUUGCGUGCCACGCUGGAAACAAAGACCAUCAAGGGCCUAUUCCUGGCUGGCCAGAUCAACGGCACAACAGGUUACGAGGAGGCGGCGGCACAGGGAGUUGUCGCCGGGAUCAACGCUGGUCUUUCGGCUCAGGGAAAAGAUCCCUUCGUACUCUCACGUGCAGAUGCAUACAUUGGAAUACUCAUCGACGAUCUAAUCACCAAGGGCGUCAGUGAGCCGUAUCGGAUGUUCACCUCCCGCAGCGAGUACAGAAUGUAUCAGCGAGCGGACAAUGCAGACCUGCGUCUCACCGCCAAGGGUUAUGCUGCUGGCGUUGUCAGCGAGAAGCGCUGGGCGGCCUUUUCCGAACAGAGUGAACAAAUCUCGUCGCUCACUUCGCUGCUUGAGAAUACCGAAAUGGGUUCGCAGCGCUGGCAAGACGCCGGCUUUAACGUCCGUACGGAUAGCACUCGCAAAACAGCCUUUACGCUCCUGCGUGCCACGGGCGUCAACCUCGACACAAUGUCCACCCUUCUUCCCGAUAUAAACAAGUACCCCCCCUCUAUUCGACGGCGCGUCGAAAUCGAGGGUGCGUACGCACCCUACGUUGAGAUGCAGCGGGCCACUGCGGAAGCACUGCGCAGAGACGAGGACUUGAAAUUACCGCUCGACAUGGACUACGACAGUAUAUUUGGCCUAAGCAUCGAAGAGCGGAACAUACUCAAAAUCACUAGGCCAGAGAGCGUGGGCCAAGCAAGAAGAGUGGAGGGUGUGACGCCGAACGGUGCGCUCCUACUAGCUAUUGCGUUAAAGAGGCGACGCAAGGGCGACUAUGUUCCUGUUGGUAAUGUACCUGGGGAGCCUCAGAAUGCAGUUGACAUGGCUAGAGCUGAGGGCUGAGCUCUAAGACUUGGGACUUCUGCUUACCCGGAUAGACCAGGAAGUGAGGUAAAUAUCCAUGAGGCUGGCAACAUCGUGAGACAAACCUCCCCUUCAACGAGUUACGGGCGAAUUGACAUCACAGGCUGGGUGCUUUUUUUUUCUCUCUCUUUAAAGCUAAGGAAUGUAGCGAGCAUUGGCAGCCCGCCUUGAUUGAUCGUCCGUCACGAGGCUCAUCUCACUCACAUACCUCGACUACCUGUUCACAACCGUGCUCUAUGGCAAGUCCAGGGUAUCACAAUCGAUACCAUCGGAGGUCAAAGUCCAAUACUGUCUAGUGCGUAGUCGCGAGGUCGAUCCACCUUGGCUGCGGGAGAACGGUUGCCGAUGACGAUUGAGCGGUUCUGCGGAUGACCGCCCCAUCGCCUCCAGGCUCACCGUGAUGAAUCGAUUUUGGUUAAGAUCUGUGUCAUAAGAACGGAACCUGUCGUAGACGACUAGUUUGUACUAAUUAACGAGCCUUGCCAAUGUAAAUAAAAAUACAACAUAGAACAUUCUGCAUCUCUGCGUUCAUCGAUGAAAGAUUG